AAAUAAGAAAGCCCAAGUUUAAGGAACUGGUCACCCUUUUAGCCUUUAGCGCGGCUGCUGGCGGUGGACGACUCCACUGUUGGCUGCGGAGUGCGGAGCGAGUGGGAAUGUUGAGGUUGAAGCCAAAUCGCAUCGGAACCUUCACUACCACUGGCGAAGAGCUCCUCGUUUCAUUCGCAGCAAAGCUUCUUCGAUGUCAUGCCACCAUAGAUUUUUCUAUCAACCCAUUAUCCGCGAGGAAUAGGGCUUUAUCUUGCAUAACAACGUUCCCCCGGUCUUUUCAUUCUUCAACUUCUGAAGAUGACACCUUCUCCGAAUUGGGCUCCCCAAUGCCUAAAGCUCCAACUCAUGCUCGGAAGUUGAAGUUGAUGACGGAGAAGCCUGAGCCUUAUUUGAAAACUAAUCGUACGAAAAGACCUUCUCGAAUGCCUUCAGAAAGCCGCAUCAGAUUGAAAGAUAAUUCCUCAAGACUGGGUUCGGAUUGGGAGGUUGUUGUACGGAGUUUUGGUCGUUCAAUUGAUCCACCGGAGGAGGAAGAGGAAGUUACCAUUAGAAUUACCAAUAUAAAUUCGGAGACAACAGACUCUGCAGUGCACUCAAUGUGCACGUCUUGUGGUAGCUUAGAGGGGCUUGUGAGGACAAAAGAAGAUGCAGUUGACGCCUUGUUUAGUGUGAAAGACAAGGCAGGCAUAAAAAGCAUAAUCAAAAAAUUGAAUGAGACGAUGGUGAACGGUCACAAGUGGUCAGCUGAUUUACAUGGAAGAGACUCCUCCGCUGAAGUGAGGAGCAAGCAAAGCAAUGCUAACUAUGAUUUGAGAUUGGAGAUAAGCCGUCAACUGGCGGACGUAAGAAGGGAAGUCACAAGGAAGACGGUGUGCAUACAAGACUUGGAGUGUCUGCAUAACUCCUUGUUGCACCUUGAGGGGGAGGCUCAUCCUCACACCACCCACACCCGCUAGUAUUCACGACUGACUUUGGCAAAUUAUACCCCCGCCCCCGACCCCCUACCAUAGUUUUAGUAAAUGCAUUACAUAUUAGCAGAGUUACGAAUAGAUGCCGAAUUUGUUUGGUUUAUGAUUAACAGGACUGACCGGCCACACGUUCUUGACGUUGCUGACCCAAAACUAGAAGGCUGCACGUACUUGUGACCGAGGCAAUAUUUUGUACGGACAGAGGGUUAUGGAUAAAUCAAUUAUCAUAUUAUUUUCUUUAA